GCUGAGCGACAGACGGACGACAGCCCAUCAGCGGAAAAAAACACCAUGUGAAGGGAAAAGUAUAUAUAGAGGCACACGGAUAGUAAACUUUGACGGUGAGGACUUCAGUCGUCUCACCACCAAACAACACUGUUUUAAAGGCUCGGUGGGAAGCGAAUGGACAGAGCCGGAGCGGAGCUGGACAGUCUCACCAACGGUCAGUUAGUAGCAGAGAGGCACAGGAGACCCUUUUAUGGUGAAGAAUGUAGCAGACACAUAUACCAUGCCGACAAGUGAUGGCCCAACCCGAUACCCAGUCUUUGUGGCUCCGCCCAAUGGCAACCACCAGAGGUCUCCAGGUUAUGUACCUGGGCGAGUGGCUCCGGUCCGCUCACCUCCACCAGCGAAAGCUCCACCACCCCCUCCAAUAAAACCUCACGGCCCACCGCCACAGCGACAAACAGCAUUUAAUUUGUCAGAGGGGACCCAGCAGAGAAGCCGCGCUCAGAGCCUCCAGCAAAGAAAGAACACUCUGAUUUGUUGUGGAGUGUCACUGGGGACAUUCCUCCUGUCUCUCAUUCUCAUCUUUAGUCUCUCAAAGCGCAAUGUGUUAGAUGAAAAUUGUCCAGACCAUGAUUCAUCCUUAAGCAGCUGGAACCCAGGCCAUCAACCAGACAAAGCUGUUGUUGUCAGGAAGGGACACUUAUUUAGACUGGAGGCUUCUGCUACCUUUCGUUCCCUUACAAUCCAGUCAGGAGGCCGGGUCGUUAUUGCAGACAAUGCUGAUGGCUCCAAAAACAUAACUGUAAGAACAGGGCACAUCCUUAUCGAAGAUGGUGGUGCUCUUCACAUUGGUGCACCCAAAUGUCGCUACCGAUCACAUGUAUCUAUCAUUCUUGUUGGUCGCUCUGACAACAAGGCAGUCCCUGAAGUCCCCAGCCUGGGCCGUAAAUUCAUUGGCGUCAUGGGUGGCGGAACACUUGAGCUACAUGGUACUGAGAGAGUUUCCUGGACUCUGCUGACCCGAAGCAUACCAGCCACCGGUCUGCCCACAGGGGGUCAUGUAUUUGAGAAGAACUUUAGCCGAGGUAUCAACUUGCGUGUGGUGGACCAAGACACAGCUGAUGUCCUUGUUUCUGAACGCUAUGACACACAUGACUCCCGUAAUGACAGUCGGCGGCUCACCCAGCUGCUAAGGUCCCUGCCAACAGGACGCAUCGUAACACUGGCUGUCGGAGACUCUGCUGCAAAAAGUCUACUGGAUGAAACCAAGAAGACCAUUGAGGAGAAACUUGGCAGCAGCUAUGUCUAUGAUCUCAAGUACAGACAGGCGUGGGCUUUGGUCUCCGUGGUGGGCGGUGGUAACGCGUCAUGCACAGAGGAUGUUAGGGAACAUGAAAACCACGACACAGGAGGCAGAGCUCUGGCAACACGCAACUUCACCACCGUCAACGGAGUGGGCUUUUCGGUCACUGCCUACAGCGAAUGGAAGAGUGGUUUUGCCAUCUCAGGCUUCCAGGUAGAUGCUGCUGACCAGGUUGUGUUGAACCUGCAGGAUGAAGUACAAAAGACCUGGCAGCCCGGGGAUCAGAUUGUAGUUGCAAGUACAGACUAUUCCAUGCACCAGGCGGAGGAAUUUACUUUGCUACCCUGUUCUCACUGCACCAGCAGGCAGGUCCGGAUACAAGGAAAGCCACAGUAUAACCACACAGGAGAGAUCAUCGAUGGAGUUGACAUGCGUGCUGAGGUGGCUCUGCUCUCCAGGAAUAUUCUCAUCGUUGGAGAAAUGGAAAACUCCUGCUACGGAAACAACAUGUGCCAGUUUUACAACCACGACACCUAUGGAGGCCACAUCAAGAUCUUUGGUAACUUCUCUUCAGUACAUCUGUCACAUGUGGAACUAAAGAACAUGGGCCAGCAGGCAGAGAAAGGCCGCUAUCCUCUCAACUUCCACAUGUGCAGUGACGUUGACCAGAAGGGAGGCUACUGGGAGCCCACCUAUGUAGACGGACUCUCCAUACACCACUCCUUUUCUCGCUGCCUCACCAUCCAUGCUACCAACGGUUUACUGGUGAAGAACACUGUAGGUUAUGACACCCUGGGUCACUGUUUCUUUCUCGAGGAUGGAAUUGAGCAGCGUAACACUUUCUACCACAACCUUGGACUACUGACUCGACCUGGGACCUUACUGCCCACUGACCGCAAUGAGACCCUCUGCACCAGCAUUAAGGACAAAGUGUACAAGGGAUACACACCGUCUCCCAGCACAGAGUGCAAGGCGGUUUCAACAUUCUGGAUCACCAACCCUAAUAACAACCUCAUCAGUAAUGCAGCUGCUGGUUCUCAGGAUGCUGGCAUAUGGUUUGUGUUCCACAGCUCUUCCACUGGAGACUCUCAUGGGCUGGUUCCAGAAACCAAGGCAGAGCUCACUCCCCUGGGCAUUUUCUAUAAUAACCGUGUUCACUCCAACUUUAAGGCAGGGCUGUUCAUUGAUAAGGGAGUGAAGACUACCACUGCUACUGCUACUGAUCCCCGGGAGUACCUGUGUCUAGAUAACAGCGCCAGAUUUCGACCACACCAGAAUGCUGAUCCUACUCGUCCUCGUGUGGCGGCAGUCAUCGACACACUCAUCUCUUUCAAGAAUAAUGACUUGGGAGCAUGGAUAAGAGGUGGCGAUAUCAUCAUCCAGAACUCGGGUUUUGCAGACAAUGGUGUGGGAUUAUCCUUCGCCAGUGAGGGCAGCUAUCCUAAGGAUGAGGGCUCUAGCCAGGAGGUGACACAGUCUCUGUUUGUGGGCGAAAGCCGAAAUAGAGGAACCAACGGGGGACAGAAUAAAUACUGGGGCCUUGGAGGGGUUGAUGGAAAGAUGAGGACUCUGCCCAGAAACAGGACUUUCCCUAUCCGUGGUUUUCAAAUAUAUGAUGGUCCUGUGCGGCUCACACAGAGUACAUUCCGUGGCUUUGUCCCCACACCAGAGCGUUACACCAGCGCAGUGGGAUUCAGCCUGAAAAACACCUGGCAACUCACCCCACGCAACAACCUGUCCCAGCUCGCCUUCCACAACACUGUGGGUCUACAGGCAUUCUUUGGUCGCCCAGGGCAGUGGUUUGAAGAAAACGACCUGGAUGGAGACAAGAACUCCAUCUUUCAUGAUGUUGACGGUUCAGUGACAGGCUACACAGACACAUAUGUGGGGAGAGCUGACAACUACCUGAUCCAGCAUCCUGGCUGCGUCAGCAGGCCUCAGUGGAAUGGAGUAAUUUGCAGCGGCCGCUACUCUCAGGUGUACAUCCAGACUCAGGGAGCCCCCAGCCUUACUCUAUCCAUCAACAGAGAUGAAUAUCCAAACACUCCUCUGGUGCUGAGGGGGAUUAACAGCCAGGGGGCACUGUCACAACAAUACCAACCCAUCCUGAUGAUGAGUAAGAGCUACACGCUGCACUGGAGCGGACCUGCACCCAGAGAGGUCGUCCUCUCCCUUAUCAACUUUGACAAAGAUGACUGGGUUCUUGUUGGACUCUGCUACCCAUCAGACACAGCAUUUCAGAUCAUGGCAGACAUCAAUGACAGACAAAGCAACACCUUUGAUGACCUUACAGACUAUGGCACUGUAUCAUCACUUGCAGACUUGGAAAAAAGACAGACAGAAAGAAAAUACUUCUUUGACAAGACUGUUGGCUUGUUGUGGCUCUACCUCCAAGCUCGACACAGCAGAGAUGGCCACAGCUACUGUUCAGUAAGAGGUUGCGAGAGAGUAAAAGUUAUCGCCACCACAUCCUCCAAACAGAUGUGCAACUGUACAGAAAAGGCCUACCCCAAGUACUCCCAGACCCCCUCUGCGGUGGUGCCUAUGCCAACCUUAAACACUCACCCCUGCAAAAACUGCGGCGCUAAACAGGCUGUGUUUUCCAGUGAGCCAUGGACGUCCUACCUCCAGACACAAAUCAAGUCUCUGACCGUCCAAGAGCAGCAGCGAGGAGACAACAGCUCCUUUAUCACUGUGAAUGAGGUGACCAUGCCCUUCUCUCAGCCUGGGUAUUUCAUAGUCUCUGUGGACGCCUGUUCUGGAAAGGUCACCAAAGAAACCUUCUUUGCUAAGAUGGACACCAAGAUGGAACAAUUCCUGAAAACUGGAAUACCAAAGAGGUCAAUAGUACUUAUGGCAACACGAGGUCAGCCAGUUGGCAUGGUGACUUUAGCACCGCAUCUGGUCUCCUUAGGCCUCGCCAAAGCUGCUGAUCUACACAGUAAAGAGAGCCUCGCAUUGUGGGGUUUCCAGGGAGGCUCUUCACCGCCUCCCUGGGUUUUCCUUCAAAGCAGCCAGAGGGAUGAGUUCCUGAGGCAGCAGGAGCGCUACUUGCCUCUGGCUUUAGAAACGUACGGCUGUUCACCACCUGCAGCUCAAACACGGAAAGACCUGGAGCUACUCAAAACAGCCACAGGACUACAAUGACCAAUGUGAACUAUACAACUUAACUACCCAAAGUACUCUUGCACACAAAGACGCAAACACACACAACCAGCUGAUGAAUGUGAACUGCUGAACUUUUAAUUUAUUAACAACAGCAAAGAUGUUUACCAGUCUCAAGUGGAGGAAGGUAUUUUAUUAUGAACGGGGUGAGUAUUUUUGUGAUUAUGUGUUUGUGUGCGUGUGUGUGUGAAUCUGUGUAGUAUGCCUUGGGGCCGAUGAGUCAAUGCACUUUCCUUUUAAAGACACAACUUGCCUUAUAAGCCAAAGUGAUCAACUGAAGCAUUGUAGUAACAUAUUUAUCUAUGCCAUUAGAAAAAACAACCAUAUCAACCUUCAACCUCUACCUGGUGGUUCUAUUUAUCACACAGUAAACAUAAAAAAAUGAAUGUGACCGAGUCUGAAAAUGGAAAACAAUGCAUUAGAUACACACACACAGAUGGAAAUUGUGAAAAUAAAUUACGUUGUCCCAGAAAUGAGAUCAUGUUCAGCUGGAAGUGGACGUGAAAUUAGACGGAUUAGAUGUGCUCAGGUCAAAAGGAAAUAUUGAAAAUAAAUGCCAUCGCAUCUGAGCAUUAAAGAGUAAUAUUAAGCCAAAAUUACAUGAAUUAUGAAACAAAAGGAUUAUUUAUUCCUUCAACACCUAUAACACCUAUAACCAAGUCAUAACAAGCCAUAUUUAUAUUAAGACAUAGACAUAUGUAAUAAAUUGAAUCAGGCUGUCUUUCCAAGAUACUGAAAUGCCAUUGGGAGGAGAGAUCUUCAUAACAUCUGCAGACAUUACGUAGUCCGUUGUUCUCCUUCUUUCCAUAAAUCCUUCAACACAUCUUUUAAUUUUUAGUUGAUGUCUGUAAAAAAAAAAAAACUGGAAACCUCCUCCUGUCAUCGUGCAGCUCUAAAGACUUAAAAGCACCUUUUUCUG